AUGAAGUUUCCACUUUUUCUCGUCUUCUCGGCGUUCAUAGCUGCAACAACAGCGAAUACCUCCCCACCAUACACUUUCCAACAAAUAAAACCAUCCAAAACCCUCAAAUGGCAUCCUUGCAACCCAGGAUUUCUCUGCGCCAAACUCUCUGUUGGUGCACCUACUUCCCGAUAUCCUCAAUCAAACUAACCACUAGCAGGUUCCUCUCUCCUACCAAAACCAUAGCCUCGGUCUCGCCUCAGUCCCUUUGCUCAAAUACCCCGCUACCACAAACUCCUCAUCAGGACCUUACCAAGGCAUGCUGCUCCUCAACCCGGGUGGUCCAGGUGCUUCAGGCGUCGAAGAGGCAUUCACAUCUGGCCCUCUCAUCCAAAGUAUCAUAGGGAGUAAUUGGGAUGUGGGUAAGUGAGCCGUUGGCGAAUUGCUCGGAUCAUAGGGAUGUGAACCCUGUUACGGGAUUGAAGGGUAGGGGCGUUGCGAGAGUGACUGAUGAGUUUUAUGAGGAGUUUAUUGAGUUUGGAAGAGAGGUUGGCAAAGAGUGUGAAGAGAGGAGUGGAGGGGUAAGAGAUGCUGGUACGCUAUCUUUUUCGAGCUGUUCGGAUUAUUGGUAAAAGACGACUGACAUGAAUCUUGCAAUAGGUCCUCACAUGUCAACUGCAACAGUAGCCCGUGACCUCAUCUCAAUAAUCGAUGCCUUCGCUUUAACACCUGACGGAAAACGCUCAGCAAAACCCUCAAAUCUCCUAAACUACUACGGAAUAAGCGACGGAACUUUCUUAGGUCAGGCAUUUGCUUCCAUGUUCCCAUCGCAAGUUGGAAAUGUAAUCCUAGACGGAGUCGUUGACCCAGCCGGAUACUUGACAAACUUUACAUCAGCAAGUGUAAGCCACCUCGAUGAGUUACUCGCCGCAUUCUUUGUUUAUUGCCAUGAAGCAGGUUCCUCGAAAUGUGCCUACAAUACAGGAUCAACUCCAAAAGAUAUCUUCAAUCGAUUCAAUGCUUCCUUCAUGCAACUUGAUCCAAGGAAAGCAGAGAGUGAAGGAUGGAGCAACGCAACCGAGCUCCAAGACGCCCUGCUCACACUGAAAGUCUCACUCCUUUCACCAGCUCACUCGCCUUUCGAGUACUUUCCCAUCAUCCCUCAAGUCCUCUUAGACCUCGAAAGCGCCCUCCAAAAUCAGACUCUAUCCUCGUGGGCACUUGCCACCGGCGCCAUCUUCGGUUCCCCAGGUCCUGCAAAUUACAAAAGUCCAGAUUGGCGCCUAGGAACCCUAUGUUCCGACCAAAACAACAAAUGGUAUAACAAAACUCUCGAGGACCUCCGACAUCAGCUCAAAGCGUUGAAGGAACAAAGCAUUAUUGGUGAGGUGUGGAGUAUGGCCGUUCUGGGCUGUUUAGGGUGGGGUGUGAAAGCGGAGGAGAUUUUUGAGGGGCCGUUUGGGGGUGUGACUGAGACGCCGAUUUUGUUUGUGGGGAAUACUUAUGAUGGUGCUACGCCGAUUGAAAAGUUGGUUUUUGUUUGUUGCCUCCUGUGGAGUGAGACUAACAUAUACUUGGAGUGCGAUAUCGUCAGCGAGGAAUUAUAG